CACUUCCUGUCUAUGCUCACUUCGGGUAACGUCCGGUAGUAGUGACAGUUGUCACUGGAUCCACGCAGCGCAAGAAGGAACAUACAAGCAGUCCACCCUGUGAUAACAUGUGUACGUAGAUGUUGGUUCAAUACAUUUUGUGUCAACAAACACCAAAUCAGCAGAUCGGAGUCGACGGAGCAGGGAACUUGUCGGAGCAAUUGAUCUGCUUUGGAGGGGGAUCAUCUUUGUUCUGCUAGCAACAUGGAUCUCGGACUUCCCUCAAGUUCUGGCUGUGCUGAAACACACCAGGUUGAUCUGAGUUUUAUAUUGAAAAAAGAAAACAUCAAAGAGGAGGAAUAUGAUCAUAUGAUUUCAUGUCCAGAUGAGACACCGAGGUCUACUUACAAUGAAACGCUACGGACAACAGUGAAGACUGAAGAGGAGGAGCAGCAGCUCGACCAGCUGGAAAGUAAGGGUGCAUCAGACCACUCGCAACAGAGGAUCCAAGGACAGAAUGAUGAACUCAACCUGCAACUCGAAGGAAGGCUGCACCAACGCACAGUUGGCAGGAAGAGUUUCAGAGCCCUUACUGAACUUGAGAAAGCCCCGACACACUAUGCACACACUGUAGGGAAGCCUCAUAACUGUUUCCAGUGUGGAAGAGGUUUCUCACACGCGUCAAGUCUUUCACGCCACAUGCGUGAUCACAAAGGAGAGGAGCUGAGUCGUGAAACACAAAUGCUUGAAGAACAGACUGAAGGGAAGGCUCAUAAAUGUUCCCAGUGUGGAAAAGGUUUUUCACACUUGUCAAGUCUUUCACGCCACAUGCGUGAUCACAAAACGGAGAAGCCUCGUGAAACAUUAAUGUUUACACAGACUACAGGGAAGCCUCAUAAAUGUUCCCGCUGUCGAAAAUGUUUUUCAUACAUGUCAAGUUUUUCACGCCACAUGCAUGAACACGAUGAAGAGGAGCAGAGUCGUGUAACACAAGUUCUUGAAACACAGACUGAAGACAAGCGUUAUAAAUGUUACCAGUGUGGGAAAGGUUUUUCAGAAUUCCUAGCGCUUAGAUACCAUAAGGAAUUACAUGCAAAAGAGAAGACUCAUGAAUGUACCCGCUGUCGAAAAGGUUUUGCUCACAGGUCAAGUCUUUCACGCCACAUGCAUGAACACGUUGGAGAGGAGCCCAGUCGCAAAACACAAGUGCUAGAAACACAGACUCAUGAAUGUCCCCGCUGUCGAAAAGGUUUUUCACACAAGUCAAGUCUUUCACGUCACAUGCUUGAACACAAAGGAGAGAUCCCUAGUGAAACAUUAAUGCCUACACCAACUGAAGGGAAGCCUCAUAAAUGUUCCCAUUGUGGAAGAGGUUUUUCACACAUGUCAAGUCUUUCACGCCACAUGCUUGAACACAAAGGAGAGAUCCCUAGUGAAACAUUAAUGCCUACACCAACUGAAGGGAAGCCUCAUAAAUGUUCCCAUUGUGGAAGAGGUUUUUCACACAUGUCAAGUCUUUCACGCCACAUGCUUGAACACAAAGGAGAGAUCCCUAGUGAAACAUUAAUGCCUACACCAACUGAAGGGAAGCCUCAUAAAUGUUCCUUUUGUGGAAGAGGUUUUUCACACAUGUCAAGUGUUUCACGCCACAUGCGUGAUCACAAAGGAGAGGAGUCUUAUAAAACAAUGAUGGCUACACAGACUGUAGGGAAGCCUCAUGAAUGUUCCCGGUGUGGAAAAGGUUUUUCACACACGUCAAGUCUUUCACGCCACAUGCUUGUACACAAAGGGGCGAAAAGCCUGAAAAAAAGAAAAUAAUACACUGGAGAAGUAUCAUAAAUGUUCUCAGCAUGGAAAAUCAUUUAGAACAAUCACAGAUCUUCAUUGUAAUAUGCUUAUGCAUAGAAGCCGCAGUAAAUGUGUGGAAAAGGUUUAGUCUCCUUGCUUAUCGGCCCUCACGCCUCCCUCUCCCAUAGUUCUCUUCCUCUGGUUGUAAGUAGACAAAUGAGACGAUAGCGCCGAGCUUUGGAUGAUUCCUGGGGCACGGGCGAGAGAAGCCACGUGUAAAUAGAGCUUGACUCGUUCACAUGCAGAGAUGUAUUGAGUAUGUAUUGGAGUAUGUAUUAGUUUAUGUUCAGAUUACUCUAAUAGUAGAGUAGCCGUUUAAAAUGCAAUAAAACAAUGUUGCAGUUCUUUUUCUUUAUAAUAUUAUUUUCUUUAUCAUUAUAUCAGUUCAACAUGGAUAUAACAAACUGUUGUUGUCAAGGAGACAUUCUUACCUUCAAGGAGACAUUUCUUACAUUGAACAUAUUGACAAAACAAACAAACAUUGACAUAAUAAAAAGUAAGUAAAUUAAAUAUAAACUAUCGUUGCA